UUUGAAAUUGGUUAAAAAUGUCGGACCCAGUGAAUAAAUUUCUGAAAGACUGCAAAACAUUUUCCGCCUUUCUGGAUGAUUUGGAGAAAAAGACCAGCAAACUGGAUCUGGAAGUAAAUGUUCUAAGACGAACAGCGGACAAGGGUGACCAACCAAGCAACGCGGCUUUACAGAUGCUGGUCGACGUUCGGAAAAUGGAUCAGGAGUUAAAGGACGAAAUCAGAGAGCUAACUCAAACUACAGAGGACAACGUAAGGUUUCUUGAUGGAAUGCUUGAGCAAGUUCUUGCACAGAAGAAAGAGGUAUUACACUGUAAAGCUACGGUGCUAGUACUGAAUCUACUAUAAUAAGCAGCUAGAAUU